CGUUCCAUCAAGAUUGGCACGUGACCGACGGACUAACAAAUUUGCAAACAUUGUGUCGGCAGUAAAUGUACCUACUAAAUGAAACCUGACGCAAUCGUACACGAUGCUUUUUGAUUGACUUUACUACGACGAACGAAUCCGAUUUAAGCUCGAGAAGUCGAGAUGAACUAGUUGAAGUUCAACUGCUUUCACUGAAUUGCCAAAUUCUGCAUUGACCCUGCUCCCCUGAGUUUCCCCCAUGAAUCCCAUCUUCGGAUGUUUAAAUGGGAGUGCUAUUCAGCGGUUCAGCAACCAAGUAGGCAAGUACCACCAUCGACCUCUCCAGCUCUCCUAGCUCACUCGCUCCCAGACAGAGAAAUGGCAGUGGAAAUCCUGGAAUCCUGCAUGGUGACGCCCAGCGAGGCGACGCCGACGAACGCGGUAUGGCUCUCCAACCUCGACCUCCUGGUGGCCAGGGGCCACACGCCCACCGUCUACAUGUACCGGCCGAGCUCUGACCGUCCGGACACGGCCUUCUUCUCGCCGGACGUCCUCAAGGCCUCGCUCUCCAAGGCGCUCGUCCCGUUCUACCCCCUCGCCGGCCGGCUCGACCAGGACGCCGCCGGCCGCCCGGAGAUCCACUGCGGCGGCGAGGGCGCCCUCUUCGUCACCGCGCGCGCUAACGCCACGCUCGACGACCUCGGGGAUUUCGCCCCGUCCGACGAGCUCCGCCGGACGCUCGUCCCCUCCGCCGAUGCCGAGGCCGGCGUCCACGCCGGCAUCUUGGCCAUGUUUCAGGUGACCUUCUUCAAGUGCGGCGGGGUGUGCCUGGGCGCCGCCAUCCACCACACGGCGGCGGACGGCCUCGCGGCGCUCGACUUCGUGAACUCCUGGGCCACCAUUGCGAGGGGCGGCGACGACGACGUCCGCGGCGUCCUCCCUUGCCUCGACCGCACGCUCCUCCGCGCGCGUUCCCCUCCGUCCGUGCGCUUCGACCACGCCGAAUACUCCCGGCGCGGCGACGUCAGCGGCGGGCCGUCAAAGCCCACAAGAGUCCCGUUCGACUCCGCCAUCCUCCCCAUGUCCAAGGCCCAGAUCGACGUGCUCAAGUCCGGCGAACACGGCAAGAGGCUGUCCACGUUCAAGGCCGUGGUGGCGCACGUGUGGCGGAGCGCGUGCGAGGCGCGCCGGCUGGACGGGGCCGAGGACACGCGGCUGUACAUCACCGCCGACGCGCGCUCCCGCGUCCAGCCGCCGCUCCCCCGCGGCUUCUUCGGCAACGCCAUCUUCCGCGCCUCGGCGGCGGCCAAGGUCGAAGACGUCGUGGGCCCCGGCAAUGGGCCGCCGCGCCUCGAGCCCGUCGCGGAGAUGGUCGCGGGCGCCACGGCCCGGCUGGACGACGAGUACGUGCGGUCGCUGGUGGAUUACCUGGGCCUGGAAGACGCGGCGGGGCUGCGCAAGGGGGAAUGGGUCAUGCCGGAGACGGACCUGUGGGUGAUCAGCUGGCAGGGCCUGCCGAUCUACGGCGCCGACUUCGGGUGGGGCUCGCCGGCGUUCAUGGGCCGAGCGUGUCUGCAGUUCAGCGGGCUUGUGUACCUCGUGCCCGGCCCCGAUGGCGACGGCCGGCUCGACGUCGUGGUUGCCAUGGAGCCUGGUAGCUUGGUUAGGUUCAGAGAGGUGUUUUACCGGGGACUUAAUUAACCACAUUCUGUUCGUAUUCAAAAAUAUUUAUUUAUGGUUAUGAUGAUUUUAAUCACAUUAAUAAUAUAUUAGUGAACUUAUUUUGACCAAA